UGCCCAGGUUUAAUUAAACCAGAGGACGUCCCGGGGGCGUCUCUGCGCUGACAGCCUAUUUAGCCGGAGUGAGAGGACGGACGGGGCUUCCCUGGCACCGUGAGCUAGCGCACAAACCUGGGAGAGAAGCUGGUAGGGGUACAGUUGAAAGCGCUUCGUGCCGGAGACGGUUUCCAACGACAUCACGACGCUCUUGUCCGACAAUGGCUCUGGUCUUCGUGCUGGUCGUUUGCAGUGCGGUCGUCCUGGAGACGUGGGGUGCCCCGAUCCCGAUCCUGCAGAAGUUCGAGUGGACGCCAGGGGUCGUGACGUACGGGAACGACGACCGGACCGUGGAGGACGUGGACACGGCUGACGGCUGCGCGGUGCUCUGUCUGCAGGAGACCACCUUCGUCUGCAAGUCUUUCGACUUCAGGUCUAAGGAGAAAGUGUGCAUGUUGAGUAAGGGGAACUCCUACACGGCCGGGGUGGGCCUGCGGCUGGCUCCAGGCGCUGAUCUGUACGAGGUGCUGCCGGAUUACAUCCCGACCGAAGUUCCCACCACAACCGCCAGGCCCACCGCCGCCAAGCCCACGGACCCGACCACGCCUGAAGGAGCGGGGAGGGACGAUCCUAACGCCGGCGGGCUGAAGGACCAGCCAAGCGCCGAGCCCGUCUCAACAACACGGAAGGGCGGCCAUGAUAAAGAUAACCAGGACAAGGAGACAGAAGAAGACGAAGACAUGGCCGACGGAAGGGUCACAAAGGCGAGACGGAAGGACCGCGAGGGGAGGAGGAAGAAGAACAGAGGUAAAGAAGACGGCGAGGAGGGCAACGGCGGGAAAAACGGAAGACGGGGGCGCAAGAGAGGCAGACAGGGUAGGCGAAACGGUGAGAGGAAGAAGAACAGAAGAGGCAAAGGUAGAAAUGGCGGCAACGGGAAAAGAACACCCAAGAAAACGGACAAGGAGUCGGACGUCGGAAACGCAAACGACGUCACCAAGACCAGCGGAUCGACGACUCCGAAAACAACAACCGCUCCUCCUCCCAGACAGACGACCCCGGAGCCAGAGCCCUACCAGACCCCGUCUCCACUGGACACUGGCGAAGUUGGCGCCACCGCCGUCGCCAUGACAACGCAGGUCGUGCCGUCCGACGGCGACGCGUCAGAGACGCCGAACUCCUUGCAGGAUGAUGACGUGGAUGGCGAUGCCCCGGAUGUGGCGGAGGGAAACACGGCAGAUGCUGAUGACGUCACGGGAAACGGGCAUAGUGUGGAGGGUAACAGCACGGAGGAAAAGCCCGUGGGACAACCUGAGCAAGGCCUGCCCUGAGUCUGUACCUAACAUGUUUAUCACCAUGCAGAUCCUAGGGUGGCAAAAUACAGUAUCCAUUCGCCAGGGGGUCCAUAACCCAACCAAGGUAUGUCCUUGGGUGGCGUAUGGACCCUCUCUGGCCAAUGGAUACUGCCUGUCCAACUUGAUACUGUAUAUUGCCACGCUAGGAUCUGCUUGGAGAUUACUGACAUGUAGCAUGUGCUGGGAAACAUGCAACUAGACGACCUUUUCUACAUAGACGUUGUGAUUAUUUCAAACAUCGUAAAAUUACAUUUAAAAAUUAGACCUUCCAGGCGGGGAAAAGGAAAGACCGUCUAUGUGUGCAAGCUUCUGAAAUUGUAGCCUGGGUGCCAGUCUUUUCAGCUUUAGUACACUUGAUUCACCACUUACAAGUCAACAAGCAAGGCAAGACGGGCAGCGCAGUAUAGCUAAAAAGGCUGGCAUCCAGGCUACUGAAAUUGUCGAACAGGAGACUCUUACUGUAUUAAGUCUACAUGAGAAAACAAAUCAACCUUUUGACUAAAUGAAAACCGACCAUUUGAAGAAAGGAAAAAAUACCUCGAUAUAUAACUACAUUGUAUUACGUAGCGUGCAAAGUGAUGUUGUCAAUUCCACUAUCUAAUAAAGACAUGUGACUCUCAUCUGGCUGCUUCUGUCUGGUUGUCAACAUUUUGUAAGACAUAUUAGAGAACAUACUUCAGCAACAUACACCCUGCCUAGAUGGUAUUGGACACAGUGAGACUAACCAACAUGACUUUGUGCAAAAGUAGACUUUAUUACUCAAGUUUCCUUGAUUCUUCUCCAGAGAAACAUGGCAUAUAAAACAUGGCUGCCAAAAUACACAACAAAAUAUGCAACAUUUUUUUAACACUGGCCAUCAUGAGUAUUACUAGUAACUGUAGCUUCCAAUGCAAAAAUAUACAAUGUAUUUGAUUUUACAUUUACAACAUGGCAAGACAUUCAGUUUUACCGAAACAGUUUCUGAUCAGACAAUCGAAUCACCUAAACACUUAUCAUUGAAACAAUGUCAUUAAAUUGUGCUUUUUGCCAAGUGAACAAGAACACGAUAGUUCUGGUCCAAUGUACAAAAGGCUACCUAACUUCCCUGCUGUCAAAACUUGCAACUAACAUGAACUUGGUCAAAAAAAAACAGUGCCAACAGCAAGAAGGGUAAGAUUAAUAACUUGGCAGAAGAUACUUUUUCUAAACUCAAGCACAUAUGCCGAAAAGUUCCAACUUCCUUGAUCAUUGAUUGUUGCUGCUUUUUGAUCUCUGACUUUCCCUUUUUGGACAAAUAAGUGAUUGCUGACGUUGUUUGCAACAAUUAUUGGUAGGCAAAUCACCCAACUAUCGCCUGCUUCUUGCCUACCAAUGUGGCAUCAUGACGACCGUUCGUAUUGCAACCAUGUCCAAUUUUGGUUAAUGCUUUGCACACAAGAGCUUGAUCCCACAAGGUCUGGCUGACUCAUGCAGAGUUGCGUUGACUUGAGGUUAGCUUCAGGUUUUCCUCUUUACCUCAGC